UAAUUGAGUUCUCUACACCAUGGACAACGUCGUUAAGAACAUAUUGCGAACAUCAGAAGCAUCACCUACACUCAAAACCGUUCUGAGGUCUUUGUCACGACGGAAUAUGUCUCGCUUGCUUGGUGUUUACAUCCUUUGGGUCAUCUUCAAAUACAGAAGCACCGCUAUUGGUACGAGGCCCCGCUAUGACCUAAAAGGUCCUAGGGGAUGGCCGCUGGUUGGAAAUAUGUUUCUUAUGCUUUCUAUUCCUCGAAACCAAAUAUCGCAAAAGAACGAGCAACUGCAUGCCAAGUAUGGAACAACCUGGGCCUACACCGUCCCCAAGCUAGGACGUAUUAUUCAGUUCUCUGAUCCUGAUGUACUGGAACAUGUCCUCAAAACCAACUUUUGGGCGUAUGAGAAAGGGCCGCUGGUCCAAGAGACAUUAAGCGACCUUCUGGGGACAGGCAUCUUUGGUGUUGAUGGCGAACACUGGAGAUGGCAGCGCAAGAUGGCAAGCCAUAUCUUCAAUGUAAAGGCCUUUCGAACGUACACAAGCAGCGUAUUUGUAAAAGAAGCCAAUAUUGCCAUUGAGUACUUGGACAAGAUUGCGGAUGAGGGACGGACUGUCGACAUGCACAACCUUUUCCAUCUCUUCACCUUGGAUUCAUUUGGGGAGAUAUCAUUCAGCCAAACGUUUGGUUGCCUGAACAGGCCCGAACAAGAAGUAGAAUUCGCUUCAGCGUUUGAUCGCCUAAAUACAGUUGUUUUCAACAGGCUGUUCGAAGGUGCUUGGGAGCUCCAUGAGUGGGCUACAGGGCUGAAUAAACAAGUCGCCAGAGACAAGAAGAUUGUGAACGAUUUUGCUAUGAACAUCAUCAACCACCGUCGCAAGAAUGGUUAUAACAAGCCGGACAAAGACCUAUUACAGUUAUUCAUGGACAUGGAUACUGAGGAUGGCAAACCACUAUCGGAUGAAAUGCUCUGUUGCUUGGUCCUUAAUUUCAUCAUCGCUGGACGGGACACAACAGCGCAAGCACUCUCAUGGAUGUUCUAUCUUCUUCAUCGAUCAAAUACUGAUCCAACAAUCCUCUCGAAAUUGGUCAAGGAAGUUGACGACAAACUUUCCGGUGGCAUACCUACAUAUGAGGCUUACAAAACGAUGAGAUACUCUGAAGCAUGCUUAUACGAAGCUCUGCGUCUCUAUCCAAGCGUACCAAGGAACAUUAAAGUUGCCGUGCAGGAUGAUGUUUGGCCAGAUGGUACCAAAGUAUAUAAAGGCGAGUUUGUGUGUUGGUCAUCGUGGGCCAUGGGCCGAUCGACCGCUAGUUGGGGCCAUGAUGCAAGAGAAUAUAACCCAGAACGUUGGUUGACUGGAGAGAAACCAUCGCCAACAAAAUUCCCCAGCUUUCAUGCAGGACCUCGCACAUGCCUUGGACAGCAGUUCGCGACCCUAGAAGCCGUAACCAUUAUGUCGAUGCUCUUCCAAAGAUUUAAUUUUGAGUUGGUAGACCCCAUCACCGAGCCAGAAUACGUACCCGGUUUGACAUUAGCUAUGGCGAAAGGUCUGCCUAUGCGCGUUAAACGCCGUGCGGAUACAGCUUUUGCCCUUUGAGAAGAG